GGCCUCCCCACUGGCCCUCGUGGCUCCUUCUCAGCCGCUGCCUCUGCAACGCCCCUUCGACUCUACUCAUGCCCUCCGCACCUCUCUCACUAUUACCAUAUUAUUAUAUUCUCACUCAAUUCACUCACGCUACUCGUGCAACCCCCUUCUCUCACUCCCUCUCGCUCUAUCUCUGCGACUAUGGGUAGAGCGCCCUGCUGCGAGAAAGUUGGUUUGAAGAAAGGGAGAUGGACGGCCGAAGAAGAUGAGAUCCUGAGAAAAUACAUUCAGGAAAACGGAGAAGGGUCGUGGAGAUCACUGCCCAAGAAUGCAGGGCUGAAGAGAUGUGGAAAGAGUUGCAGGCUCAGGUGGAUCAACUACCUCAGGUCGGACUUGAAGAGAGGCAACAUUUCCCCCGAGGAAGAACGGAUCAUCCUCAAACUUCAUGGGUCGUUUGGCAAUAGAUGGUCGUUAAUAGCAGCGCACUUACCAGGAAGGACCGACAAUGAGAUAAAGAACUACUGGAACUCACAUCUAAGCCGGAAGAUCCUCAAUUACAGGAAGGGAAGCGAUGGGCAGCCUCUUAUAAUUAACACCGGAAAAUUUACCGGUGGAAGUAGAAAGAAGAGAAGGAGCAAGACCGGAAAUCUUGUAUCCGAGAAGCCAGGUACCUAUGAGGCCAAGAGAGAGAAAGACGAGACGGCAGCAGGCACGGCUAUCAGAAAGACCACACAUAGGGUGAGAUCAGAGAUGGCCACGGAUAUGGGCUGUCCCUAUACUCUUGGUCCUAGUGAAGAGAGAGAAAGCUGGGAGCUGGGACUUCUCGACGACGGAGAGAGCGUUGAAUUUGGAGCUUGUCAAGGGAGAGAAAGAGGGGAGAUAAGUGAUCAGUGGAAGGGUGAAGUUGGCUGGCAGAGAGAGGAGGUAAUUGCAGGCAAGUUUAACGUGGAAGAAUGGUUGGAUUUUGAUUGGGAGAGUUUGGAGGAGAAGUUGAGGGUGGAAGAAGGGGAGGAAAUUGUAGCGUCGUCAUGGCUAUGGGAUCUGCAGGUUGCCGAGGAUGGACGCCGAGUUGGGUCUCGAGAGGACGACUGCGAAAGAAGCCAAGAGUCAAUUGCAGCUUGGCUUCUCGCACCGGACGAGGAUCACGUGGGAAAGCCACUGUAGUCAAUUUCUUUGUUUUAUGAAUGUGCAAUACAAGUUGGUUCUUCUUUCUUUCCCUCUUUCUAUCUCUAAAUGUCUACUGUAUGCGACUGCAACUGUGUUUUAAUGCUUGUGCACUUAACCAUUAA